UCAAAAUGCCAGUUCAUACUCCAUCCUACUUGGACUUACUAAACUUCGAUUGAAACCCCCGUAGACGCCAACAAACGAAGAAAAUUCUCUCCAUUUCAUCUGCAAUUCACAGUCCGGAGCCCAAUUCUAGUCAGGAAUUGGGAAUAAUUUCGAUGGGGAAAGGCGGUGGCUGCGUCCCGAGCAAGAAGAAACAACCCUCAGGAGCUUCCAAGGACCCCCAACACAGCACCAGCAACGCCCCGAUCCCUCACGAUGACCGUUCCGAUGCAGCGAAUGCUGCCACUGAUUCAGCAGCUACGCCAACGGUAAUUUCGAAAUUGAAGAUAUUUAUCGUGUUCUACUCGAUGUACGGUCACGUGGAAAGCCUGGCCAGGAGGAUGAAGAAAGGCGUGGACGGCGUGGACGGGAUUGAGGCAGUGCUGUACCGUGUUCCGGAGACGCUUUCAAGCGAGGUCCUGGAGCAAAUGAAGGCUCCGCCUAAGGACUCUGCGAUUCCGGAGAUUACGGCGGCAGAGCUGGUGGAGGCUGACGGUGUCCUGUUUGGGUUCCCGACAAGGUAUGGGUGCAUGGCGGGACAGAUGAAGGCGUUUUUCGACUCCACUGGGCAGCUGUGGAAGGAGCAGAAGCUGGCCGGAAAGCCGGCUGGGUUCUUUGUCAGUACUGGCACGCAAGGAGGUGGCCAAGAGACCACUGCUUGGACAGCAAUCACCCAGUUGGCUCAUCAUGGAAUGCUAUUUGUUCCCAUUGGCUACACCUUUGGUGCUGGUAUGUUUAAGAUGGACUCCAUAAGAGGGGGAUCUCCGUAUGGUGCUGGUGUUUUUGCUGGUGAUGGCUUGAGAGAGGCAAGUGAAACAGAGCUGUCAUUGGCAGAACAUCAGGGCCAAUAUAUGGCUGCAGUUGUGAAGAGGCUAGCCCAGCAGCCUUGAUGAUGUGUUCCUGAUCUUCAAAAUACACCUUUCAUGCCUCUCUAUUUGUUCUCUAUGUUUUGUGAUUGGUCUUGGGCAUUUCAUCUGUUGCUGUCGAAUAUGAAGAAUAUUUCCGUCUGAAAUACUGUUCAUUCUUUUUUUCAUUUUUUCUUCAGUCGAUUCUGAUUGCAAAAGAUGUACGUGAUUGAAAUCCUUCUAAAUCGUGAAAUAAGAUGAUAAUAUGAGUUUGUUUUCUUUGUCA